UAUCUGUCAAAUAUGACACCUAUGGAAUAUUAUUAUAUCAUCCUAUUUUAUAUUAGACACGGUAUGUUCGCUUAGAUCAUCAUUUUAACAAUUAAAAUGCAACAAUAUCCAAUUAUAAUACCUAAGACACACACUAACAUAAAAUAUGAGGUUAUGAAAUUUAACAUACCGCUUAAAAAUGAAUUUAUUCCCAAUUUACCAGGAAAAAUUUACAGGCAAAAUGAAUACGCCGAGGCUGCAGGCGAUAAAAAAUCACAACCCCGCCCAGAAGAGAACAAUGCGGAUGGUGGGGAAGAACCAAAAUUCGGUGCCGGAAGCUCUUAUUCACAUUUUAUGAGAGGCGAUAAGAAACAUAAAUUUGAAAAGCGAGCUACCACAAAAUCAGACGAUAAGACUUGGAUGAUGAAUCUUGGGACUGGAAAAAGUUUGAGAAGUUAUAAAGGCACCAAGGAAGGUAACAUGGGAGAAAACUCGUCUUAUUACGUAUUCAUGCAAUCUGCUGAUGGUUCCGCCUUCGAGGCUUACCCCAUAUCUACUUGGUAUUCCUUCACACCAGUACCAAAACAUAAAACACUAGAUUAUGAUGAAGCGGAAAACGAAUUUCUACGGAGGGAUAAGGUUCUCAACUAUUUUUCAAUCAUGAUUCAAAAACGGUUGAUGACAUCGCAAGGCAAGCAGGAUUUGAUUAACGAGGAAGAAGAACUUAAAAAUUCAGGCUUAAAGAAUAAUAAAAGGAUCGCAGUCGACAAGGAUCUUCUUACCAUCCGGGACGUGGAUCUAACAGAAUUCGAGGCGGAUGAUAGAGAACAUGAUGGAUCCGAAUUAGAUGAUUCAGAAACAAUUAAGGAUGGUUCGAAAAGUAAACCCCGAUCAAAGAAAUUGCAACACAAAGGCAUGAAAAAAAAGGAGGAAGAAGAAAAGGACGAAGAGCACGAACCCCUUGAGGAAUCUGACGAUGGUGACGUGGAAGGCCAAGAAAUGGAUUACAUGUCAUCUACUUCAUCCGAUUCCUCUUAUUCGCCGACUGCCCCUAAUAAUGCCAACAAAAAUAUCGCUAAACACGAUUCGCAAGUACGUAAUAAAGAUGACCCGAGUUUGACUGAGCCUAUGGAAGAGUUGCAAGACUACGAGACCGAACUUAUAGGAGUUGCUGAUGAACUCGGCUUAAAAGAACUCCACUUCGAUUCCGAAGAUGAUGAUGAAGAAAAGGAGGGGAUGGAAAAUAAUCUCGAAAAAGCUUUGUCUAAGAAUGAAAAUAUCGAAAAUGUGGGAAACACUGAACUUUUAAAAGUUGCGGAAGGCGUCGACAUAAUGGGCGUUGGAAAAGAUAAAAAAACAGGUUCAAAGAAAAAUAAAAAAGUCAAGAAAGAACGUCCCGUCAAAUACGCCAAAAAUCAAGCAGAGUCAAAUAAAUUGUAUAACGAAGAAAUGAUAGAUGGUGGCAAUGUUUCUUCAUCGGAUAAUAAUUCAUCUGUUAACUCUAAUGGUUCCCUGUCUUCCUCCGGAACGGAAAGUAGUUCUAUUUCAUCCUCAACAAACGAUUCCGACAUUGAAAUAGACGAUAAUAACAUUCGAUCGUCCAUAUUUUUACAGAAAAAAACAGACUCCUUUGCUGCAAAUAUUAAUCAGAACCAAAAGGAAUUAAACCAAGAUGACAAUGUACUAUACAAAAGAAAAUAUCCGUUCGAAUUAUCUGUCGAUGAAAUAUCCAUCUACCCCACUACAUCCAAUAACAAAGCGAUAAAGAGACGCUCAGGUGAUUCAGCAAAUGAUGACUCGUCUAACCUAGUUGAUGCUACUUAUUCUAUCAAUAACUUGACCUCUUCUGAUUUGGAUAUAGUUUUGAACGCCGAAAAUGUCAAGCGGUAUCUGCAAAGAAGACCAAUGACAACUAAAGAACUACUCCAUAAAUUCAAGAGCCGAGUCGGUACUAGAGAGCAAUUGGCUGAACGCAUGACUCUCAUUUUGAAACAGUUAAAUCCAGAAAAGAAGUUUAUAAAAGGGAAAAUGUAUCUGUUGUUAUGAAAAUAUCCUGUUUGCAUUUUUUUGAUAGAAAUAAAUAUAUUUUAUAUAAUUUGGGAUCAUAUUUUAUAAAUAAAAUUUUAUUGA